ACAACAUUACUCAACCAGUUCAUCUAAUGUCUUCCAACAACAAGGUCUUCCCAAUCUGAUGUCCAACGAGGAGGUUCGAGUGGACUGCGUCCAACUGACGACCAACGGAAGAUACGUGGUCACUGGAUCCAUUCAGGGGCCUCCUCAAGUUUGGGACAUGAAGUCUGGAGAGUUGAUUCGUGUAAUGCAAGGAGAUGACCUCAACUCAACUGACCUUCACCUUGCAAAUGGGGACUCUUAUUUGGUUGGUCAGGUGGCCGACCAAUCACAGGCCCCCUACACGAGGACCAACACUUACACGCCCGUCCCCCAUGCUACCAGCUACAGAAAACUUCAGAUUUGGGAUUUUAAUUCCGGCAAACCUCUUGAGAUGAAGAGCAAUGAGUUCUGCACAGCCAGCUGCAUGAUGAACGAUGGCGAACGAAUGAUCAUAGGCAGGACGGAGAAGUUAGGCCAGGGUACGACCGUUGUAAUCUGGGAUAUUCUGGCUAACGAGCCCAUCAGACAUAUCUUCUGGCCCGGUUUUGUUGGAUCCUUUGAUGACCCUCUCACCUAUAUCAAUCUCUCAAAAGAUAACAGAUACAUAAUAGCUGGAGCACAGAAUUCAUCAGACGGUACAGCUAACUACGUGAUGUUUGACUUGACGACGACUGACUUUGAUCGCAUGCCUCCAAAUGUCAUCAGCAUCAACGCAAAUGUGGAAACAACAACUAUUCUCGAGAAUCAGGAAGCUGUUACUGGAACUAGAUCUGGUGACUUGGUGAUUUGGAGCUUGAAAACUGGUAAGGCAUUGAGGCAGUUAGCCGCAUCGUCGGCCACAAAUCUAGCUGAAUCAGCUCACCAGGGUGAAGUGACGUGUGUGUGCCUGUCGAAGGAUGGACAGUACUUGGUGUCCUCUUCAACUGAUGGCUCUCUCAAAAUAUGGAACAUGGAACAGGAGAAGUUGCAGAGGACUUUGAUUGGACACCGAGAUGAAGUUUGGUGCUGCACGAUAUCCAACGACAACGAGCUCGUGGUCUCUGGAUCACGUGAUCAGACGAUCCGUCUGUGGAGGGUGGAGGACGGAGGGUUGAUGGCCUCCAUACAGACGGGCAUCGACAUCUUCAGAGUGAUGCUCAGCAACAACAAGAAGACCGUCGUUGCCCUCGCUGACAAGUUCGGAGCCAGGAAGCUGGUAAUGUUGCAAGUCGUGAGGACCAAGAUUAAGAGCAGUGGGGGUGGUUCCAGAGCCACGUCACCUAUGAGCACUUUGGCCGCUAGUGAUGUCAAUUAUAGAUUUUAAGAGGACUGUGUCUGUUUGGCUCUCUGUCUUUGCACCUGUCUGUAUUGGUUUGCUUGUAUUCGUAUGGGUGUGUAUAUUGUCUGUAUGUAUGUGUGCAGGUGUUUUUGUCUAUAUGCUUGUGUGUUUAAUUGUAUAUGUUUGUUACGCUUUGUAUUGUUGUUGUAAUUUCUCACAGGUGAAUUGUAUCAUCUAAAGUUUUGGCUUUGAAUAGUUGGAUGUUGUUUUAUAUUGCGUGGUAGUCGAGAUGGUUUGGAGAUUUCAUGAUGGAUUGUUUUGUAUGUAUCAUUACAAUUUAUUUUAGAGACUUUUAAAUUUCAUAACUACGUUUUUUUCCUCAAAAUUUAGAUGUAAUCCGAUCAUGGAUGAAGUAGUUUUUUUGUUGCUUGAACUAAUGUUUAAAGUCUUAGAAUUUUGUAGAAGUUUUGUUGAUCCUGUUUGGGUUUUUGUUUUGAAGCUUAGAUCACACAAUAAUAGUGUUAGGUUAUCUGUUUUAUUUUUCUUAUUCCUCUCCAUAUUAUUACUGGUAUUUUUUUUACAAUCGUCCAUGGAUAUAUAUAAUAUAUAUAAUAUUUUAUCCAUGCAAUCGUCGUCACCAUCGCAUCUUGUUCGCUUUAUUUGAAUUCAUACCGAGGUGCUUAUUUAGAUCACUUAAGG